AUUCGCACACUUCUUUUUAAAUCAAACAAAAAUAGAAAUAAGAUGUCCCAAAUAGAUUUCCAAAAAAAUUUUCGCUUAGUUUUGGAGCAAAUAUUCAAUAGUUGGCAAAAUCUGCGGUUGGCUGUAGAACAUGGAAUGGGUGGACGCAAUGGGCAACAGCUAGCAAUAGAGAUCAUGGAAUACACUUAUAAAUAUUGCAUAGGAAAUGAAAACAUAACACAAGGUGAGCUGCAAGAUGUUUUGGAGGAACUAUUGGAUCAAGAAUUUGACACAAUAUGCGAGGAUAAUUCCAUACCUGAAAUCUGUCGCAAUUUAUUACGAUAUAAAGCACUAUGCAUCAAUGGGGAGUAUGCUCUAAUAGAAAAUGAAUUGAGCAAAUUGCCGAAAAGCAAAGAAUGGCUACGACCUGAUGUAAAAAUUGUAUAUACACCCAUUGCAGGAGAGGACUCAUCUUCGGACGAAGAAGAUGGAAGCGGUGACUCUGAGGAUGGUAUGGAUAUUGACGAUGAUGAAGACAAUGCCAGUUGUAGUCGCGUUACACGUUCACAGACACGUCGAAAGCAGGAAGAAUUUGUAGAGCCAGAAGAUGGCUGGACAACGGUUCGUAGUAAAAGAAAAUAAGUACUGAUGAGGUUUACCACCACAUCACCAACUUUGUAGAAAACAUUGUAAAGUAAAAUAUCGAUAUUCUCAAGCACA